CAAAAAGCAAGCGAAGCACACUGGGGGAAGCUCGGACAGUGGGCACAGCUGGUGCUAUCAUUGACGACUUCGAUAAUUGGAGACUCUUCAAGCUCAGUGCGAGCCAUUGACGCCAGAGAAAGAGGCCGCACCCCGGGACAACGCAUCUCGCCGCCCGCCCCGUCUCGCCUCGCCUCUAUUCUCUGCCGCAUAGACACCAAUGGCGUCACUGUACAGGCUCGCUGGCCGGAGCGCCAAGCGGCUCUGUGUGCGGGCCCCUAGCCCUCCGACCGCCGCAAGCACUGUUUUCUUUUCCAUCGCCGCUCGCGCCUUCUCUGCCUCGGCCCUCCGACGAUAUGCUGAGCCCGCUGCCCAUGAGCGCACGCGCCUGGUUCCCACCGAUGAGAGCUUCCAACCCUCGCAGGAUCCCUACGGCAUCCCCGUGGACGGUCCCCCCCCGCCUCCGCCAGUCCACGAUGAGGAGAACUCGGUGGUCAACCGCAAGGUCCGCCACUAUACCGUCAACUUCGGCCCCCAGCAUCCCGCCGCUCACGGUGUGCUGCGGCUCAUCCUCGAGCUCAAUGGCGAGGAGAUCAUCCGCGCCGAUCCCCACAUCGGCCUGCUGCACCGCGGCACCGAGAAGCUGUGCGAGUACAAGACGUACCUGCAGGCCCUGCCCUACUUCGACCGCCUCGACUACGUCUCCAUGAUGACCAACGAGCAGUGCUUCUCUCUCGCCGUCGAGAAGCUACUCAACAUUGAUAUCCCCGAGCGCGCAAAGUGGAUCCGCACGUUAUUCGGCGAGAUCACUCGCGUCUUGAACCAUCUCAUGUCGGUCCUCUCACACGCCAUGGACGUCGGCGCUCUCACGCCCUUCCUGUGGGGCUUCGAGGAACGAGAGAAGUUGAUGGAAUUCUACGAGCGAGUCUCUGGUGCCCGUCUCCACGCCGCCUACGUACGUCCCGGAGGUGUCCACCAAGAUAUUCCAGUCGGCCUCCUCGACGACAUCUACCAGUGGGCCACGCAGUUCGGCGACCGGAUCGACGAGACGGAGGAAAUGCUCACAGACAACCGUAUCUGGAUUCACCGCCUCCAGAAUGUCGGAACUCUCUCGGCAGCUGAUGCGCUGAACCUAGGCUUCACAGGCGUCAUGCUUCGUGGAUCCGGCGUCCCUUGGGACAUCCGCAAGAGCAGCCCAUACGACGCCUACGACCAGGUCGAGUUCGACGUGCCCGUCGGUGUCAAUGGCGAUUGCUACGACCGAUACCUCUGCCGUAUGGAGGAGUUCCGCCAGUCCCUGCGCAUCAUUCACCAAUGUCUGAACAAGAUGCCCGCCGGUCCCGUCCGGGUCGAGGACUACAAAGUCUCGCCGCCGCCCCGCGCCGCCAUGAAGGAGAACAUGGAGGCCCUCAUCCACCACUUCCUCCUCUACACCAAGGGCUACGCCGUGCCCCCAGGUGACACGUAUUCGGUCAUUGAGGCGCCCAAGGGAGAGAUGGGUGUCUAUGUCGUUAGUGACGGUAGCGAGAGGCCGUACCGCGUCCACAUCAGAGCACCGGGCUUUGCCCAUCUGGGUGGCUUUGACCAUGUUUGCAAGGGCCAUCUUUUGGCUGAUGCCGUGGCUGUUAUCGGCACGAUGGACUUGGUGUUUGGCGAGGUUGAUCGGUAAUUUUGAAAUCAAGACAAGAAAAAAGUGGAUGUGGCUUUGUUUUUCGUUGACGUUGUAAAAAGCAAGUUAGGGAAUUUAGAAAUCUCCCCAAAGCGCAAUGAAUAGAAAGAGGAGAGAUAUUGGCCGCAACCAGUUUUGGUGGGAAGUAUGGUGGGUGUGUGAACGGGGUGAAUCAUGGAGCGAAUGCCGCUCUGUCUUUCUUUCUUUUUGUUGUGCUGGCUGUCGUGUUCCCGCCCUUUUUAAGGCGCUGGAGCAACAAUCAGGCGUGUGUGUGUGAAAUGUAUCAUAAGGCCAGACGAGGGCGCGGGGGGUCUGGCUACUUUAGAUAUACAGAAAGAUCAUCAGCAAGUAGCCCGGAAAGAGAGAGAGAGAGAGAGAGAGAGAGAGAGAGAGAGAGAG